UCAGUUCAUUAUCUUGGUCGACAGCUAGCUGUUGCUUGUAGUUGAAAUGCACUGGCUUCGUUUUGGGAAAGUAAUUAGUUUGAGCAGGGGAAGAUAUGGCUAAUCGGGCGAGGCGUGCAACUAUCCUAUCAUCUAGCGAGGAGGACGACGACGAAGUUGCUGCCGGCCAUGGGCACACUCCAGAUGCGGAUGGCAACAAACGCCAAGCCAGACGCCAGGUUCUAGCAUCUUCCAGUAGCGAUGAGGCGGGUGGGGUUUCCGGGACUGCAAGCAAGCAGAGAAUGGCCAAAGCUAAUGUUCGUACCAUGGCGUCCAGUAGCAGCAGCAGCAGUAGUGCGGACAGCGAGGAACUGCCAACCAUCGCGCGCUCCACCAUAGUCAGUCCGUCCACGCCCAGCGACGGGCGUAUCCGACCGAGCACGGACUUUGAAACGAGGACGACGCCGUCGCGUAUCGUGGGCGACUUCACGCGAGUGCACAAUCGCUACUGCCGUGAGAAAGGUGAGGAAUACCAGGACUCGUACGGCGGAUACGACAGCUUUCUUGACGACGGCGACGGCAGCGCGUCGAGUUCCGACUCUUCCUCCACCGGCAGCGGCGACGGGCAUGGAACUAGUGAUGACGGUGCAGCUUUGGAUUUGACAGCACCAGUAGCAAACAACACACGCUCCAGCAGGCGUCGCUCCAAGGUGACACCGCGCUCGCAGGCACUGCGGGCGUUGACUGAGCGUCGUCGAUCCACCCGCGGCCAGCCGACCAACCAGGCGUCUCGCCAUGGCGACGGAGCGGCGACGACGGCACCAGCAGAAACGACGACGCCGGAAGCGGGCUCUCCCAUAGCGUCGGCCCGCAGCCUACGGGGCGAUGAAGCCGCAGGUUGUCCUGCCGAUGGAAUCACGUCGCCGGUUUCAAGGAGAUCGAUGCGCUCAGAUCACACGUCGCCAGUGGCAGUACCUGCAACUCGGCGCUCACGAAAGCGUCCCGCACCCUCCUCCUCUUCCUCCUCGUCCAGCGCAAGAGCUUCUCCGGCCUCGGCUUCUUCUUCCUCCUCCUCCUCCGAGUCGUCACCCUCCCCGCAGCGUCGGCGGCGCUCCGUCACAAGCGGUGCUGGUGGGUAUGGCAGCUCCAAGCGCUCUCGUCGCCGUGUGGCCGGCAGCAGUUCUGAAGAGGACGACGAUGGUGACACGUCACCCGUUGCCAUGGAUACCACAAAUCGUCGCGUAUCGGCACGUUCUCAAAAGCUACUUGAGGCCAAGCGCAGUCGCCAGCACGACCGCUUUGCACCGCUGCUGUCCAGUAAGCGUCGCCACGACAACUCCACCAUCGCCGCUAGCAACGCCACAGGUGGCACUGAGGCCUCUUCCGGCCUUGCCGCUGCGGGCCAGCCGUCGUCCACCACACAGUCACGGAAUGAUGCCUCCUCCACCAGCGCCGCCGCCGCACGGCCGAGACGUGUGCGGCUGGAUGUCGGCGACAGCGGUGACAGUUCUGCUGGGAAUGGUGGCAACGCUGACGAUGAUGACGAUGACUUUGUUGCCUCCACUCAACACACCUCCACCCGGCGUGCCAGGAGGACCACGGCACCACGCGAGCGGAAUGAUAGCGUUGACAUCAUCGCUAGUGAUGAUGAUGAUGAAGAGGAGGCGGAUGCACGUGCCACGUACACUGCAGUGUUCGGGGAAUUCCCCUCUCAACCAGGGCAAGAUCGUCCGCCGGCCAAUCAAGUCUGGAACACCUCCUUGAACUCGGGAUCGCAGAAACGUGCCAUGGCGUGGCAGCCGAAGGACCGCACCAAGAUCGAGGUCACCUCGUCCUCAAGUGACAACAAUACCGGUGGCAAGAAUGCAGGGUUGGAGAUCUCUGGUGAUGAUGAGUACAACUCCGACAAAGACUUUAUCGUGUCCGAUGAUGAAGACGAAAUCGAGGAUCCCGAGGACAACCCGCCGCCCGUCGACCUCGUCAUGGACCGUGCGUUCCUAGCCAGCUUACGCACCGACGCUCCUGCUCGCUCUGCCCGCAAACGCGCGGGCGCGGCAAAGCAGGUGUCUGGGUCGGUGCGCAGGACCAAAGCCAAGCCACCACCUCGCUCUCGCCACCGCGCACGCACUCGCCAGCUCAACCUUCGCGAGGCGGUGGGCGACGACACGAGUGCUAUACGCGAGGACUGGAGUGACGAUGAUGAGCAAGCGGCGGUGAGAGAAGAGCCGGUUCCGACGGUGCAAGUUUCAGAGUUCUAUACUGCCAUGUCGAGGACUAGCCUGGAGGGGAUGCAGUCACUUUGCAGAAGGAUGCUGCGUAUCACUGAGCGCACACCAGUGCAGAGAGUAGGACAGCGUCUGGGCCGCUUGCGUCACGUCGGUCUAUCACCACUGCACGCUGCAGUGCGGGCCCAGAGGCCCGACAUCGUCGCAUGGCUCUUAGACCUGUGUCUGGACCCUCUAACCCUGUCUAGCGUGGAGAAAGCACCGGCGAUUCUCUUCAGCCGUGAUGUGCAGUGUUUGCGCUUGCUGUGCAAGUGCUGCACUGUGGAUGAGCGGCCAUUGCUGACUGACGCGCAGUCUGCAAAGUUGCUGAAGCGGGUGCUGGAAUGGCCGCACGCGAUCCGGGCGCAUUGUCAGCAGGAUGGUGUCGUUUCCAAGGGUGCUGAUGCUGAUGCUGACGAUGGUAGUGGUGCAGGUUGCGGAGAAAGGACAGACGCGACAUGUGAUCUCUGGCCAGUGGAGCAAGAACCAGGGCCGGGACGAGUGGACUCGUCGUCAGCCGAGUCUCUCUCUGACGCCCCGUCCUUCAGGGACUGGUGCGCGUGCUGCUCGCUAACCCUGAUGCAGGACCAGUGCGGUGUGAGGAUGAGCGAAACGGCAGCGGCAGGUCUGCGAGUGCUGGCCGAGUGCUUCAAGCCAGUCUGGUCGAAGCACCCAGAAGCAGUAUCCGUGGCUUGUAGUGCAGCCAACAUCAAUUGUUUGAAGUAUCUACUGGCGGAGAAAGCGUCAACACUGUUUGUGAACAAGAAUGACCGCACAAACUGCUACCACCUGGCUGUGCUGGCGGAGAGCUUUCAACUCAAUGGUACCUCUGACCUACUGAGCUCCGCAUACAAAGUCCAGCACCGCACCAUGGGUGGCCAUGGCAACAGCUCUGGUGGCCAUGGCGACAGCUCUGGUGGCCGUGGCGACAGUGCAGGUAGUCAUGGUGAUGAUGGUGACGCGGCCGUCGGCGAGCAGCAGGCGUGGCCGGAUCUGUUUGGUGCCGACAUGGUGCAGGGAGUCACCGACGCCUACGCCGACGUGGCCGCUGCGCACUGCAUCAAGUUGCUAUGGAAACAGAAAGCACCGGGAGUGGACGCCGCUGAUGUUGACGGAUUCACGCCAUUGAUGAGAGCAUGUGCGGCUGGUCGGGUACACUGUGUGCUUGCACUGCUGGAGUGUGGAGCAUCCGUUUGUGAACGCGACUUACUGGGUGUGUCACCACUACACAUGGCAGCGGCAGUGGGUCACCUGCACUGCAUACAAGCACUGCUGCAUCACGGACAUCGCGUGGACUGCGUGGACAACCAGGACUGGCCGCCGCUCAUGUACGCCAACUUCAGCGCCAGCGAGCGCUGCGUGGUGGAGCUGAUGAAGGCCAAACCAGAGCAGCUCUCGCUUCUCGGCCGACUGCUGCGCAAACCGUACGAGUGCGAGGAUCUGCGUGAGAAGACGCAAACCGUGAUCUGCAGCAUACUGACAGCGCUGGGCAAUCACGACAGGUACUACAGCCUGUUCAAUGAGUUUGUACGCGGUAACAUCGACCUGCUGGAUGACGAUGCGUACGCGUUUGCGUCACGCUCCACCGGCCUUCUAGACCUGCCCAACAAACGCCUGUGGCUGGAACGGCGACUGCAGAGCCUUCGAGAAUACGUGCCUCGAAAGCGUGUUGCUUUGCUGUCAGUUGUGUGGAAUGUUCAUUCGUACUAUGCUGACGGUUUCAUUGGAUUGCUGAAUGGUGGAAGUGUUGUUGGCUCGCCCCAAGCCACUGCCUCUGCCGGUAUUGUGGCUAUGCACACGGACACCAAUCUCAACCUCUACUACACUGGGCGUAUCUCCAACAUAAGCGAGGCUAGUUUUGGUUCAAUGCAGAUGUCUUUCUCUGAUGGACCGCAACUCCUCAUGGCUAACACAACCGCGGCCCAUGGUAACUUUGCACUCAGCACCACGCAGCUGAAUGAGCUGUACACUUCAAGGACCAGUAUUGAUGUCAGGCCGCCACCAAGCAACUCCACUGGCUUUACACCUAGUCUGCUGGCUGGCCGAGUAGUUCGAUUCGGGCCGUUGCAGGACCUAGAGAACUACCUCCGAGGAAUGACGACUCUAACAGGUCAGUUGAAUCUUGCCAUAACACCAGCAUUUUGCCAGUCUCCCAACUCCUCCAGCUGCCAAGGUCAGGGUGGCCUACUGCAGCUCAGAUACAACCAAACCAGCUUACGGCUUACGAUCAGUCUGUACGUGGGAGGACUUGCCAAUGGGAUUGAGCAAUGUGGAUUCUGGUCUUCAGGCAAACUGAUCAUCGAUCUCAUGCCCUUGGUGGGAAAAGGAGUCUAUGCUGGCUCGGUCUUUCGCACAAUUAAUGUCUAUCUUAGCCGUCAGCAGCAAGACCUCUUCAAGGACAACAAGGUGGAGUUCCGCACAUAUUCGCUUUCCCACAGCAAUACCCUCGGGCAAUUUGGUUCUCUGGUCUACAACGAAGUUGUCCAUUUAGUCAGCAGACAGGCACUAGCUAUCACUGUCAAGAUCGAGGAGAACACGCCCAACGUGUUUGUAGCCAUAAUCCCGGACAACUUCAUGUUCCGAGCGCCCGGCUUUCUCACCUACAAGUUUUCCAGCGGCGACACCAUCAAUAACAUCAGCGUCUUCACGACGUAUCCGAACGGCACGCUAUACACGGGAAUCAAUGGCAGCUACGUUCCCGACUACGAAAUUGCGAGCGUAAUGAACGUCGAACUGGAUCUGUACGUCAACAACCAGUUCCAUACCCAGCUUAAUGUGACGGUUGACAUCCUUGAUAUCAACGACAACUACCCUGUUUUCACCAGUGCCUCUAAUGUGACCGUCAAUGAGGACAUCGGUCUUGUGCCAGACUCGGCAGUCAUUACCACGAUUGAGGUUUCUGACAGUGACAUCACUGCUAUCUAUGGAUUACCACUUGUCAGCAUUCUGAAUGCAACCAACGAAAUCGGCAAGGACAGAACAAGCUAUUUCUCCCUCAGCCAGUCGAAGGCCGGCGGCCCAGCUAGCAUCAACCGUACUAAAGUACUGGAUUACGAAAGCCCUGGUGAUCGCUGGUUCAGGCUGGAGUUGCAAGCAAUCGACGGAACUCCGCAAGACAAUAAUCGCAAGUCAUCAGUCACCACAAUCUUCAUCUCGCUGAAGGACCUGAAUGACAACCGUCCUAUGUUUGACCAGAAGUUCUACACCGCCAAGGUCGAGAAGACAUUAGCAGUGGGGCUAGUUAUACUCUCGAUUGCCGCUACUGAUGCGGACUCUCUUCUAAACAGUCAGCUAGCCUGCAGUGUUGCGACAACAGACGGUUCCCCGCCUCAUCUCUUUGCCGUCAGCACAGUGAGGGUGGGCAGCCGGUACGUCUGUGAACUCAAGCGCAAUGCCACGCUGGAGUUGGAAACACGUCGCCACUACAACCUCUCACUGACGGCUAUAGACAUGGGACGCCCAAUGCUGAGCCAGUCCGUCCCAGUCCAUGUGCAAGUGGUCGAUGAGCCGUUCAAGCUAGUCGUGCAAUUCCCACCGCCGUUCCUGACCGUUUACAACUCGUCAUUUUUCAUCAGCAGUCUUGGCAACACGGCGAACUUCAGCUUCACGACGAACAAUGCAAAUAGUAUGAGCAGUGUGGCAUUUGAAUGUCGCAUAAUCCAAUCUCAGCAGGCUUGUCGCUACCGCCGUGCUGCAAUUAGUGCGUGCUCCAAGACAUGCGGUCAGGGUACUCGCACAGUCACUCUCGUUGGUCAGUCGCAUGGCCCCCCGGUGACAGACCCUGCCUGCACGUUCAAGAUCAUCACGGAACCGUGUCAGAUCAACCCAUGCCCAGGGUCUUCGAGCAGUAGCACACCGGUCAGCAGUCAUCAAGGCAUGAUCCCGUGUGGUGUGGAUCUCUACUGUGAGGAUCUGGAUCAAUACAGUGAUAUAGGCAGCAAUAAGACUGAAUUUGUGCCUUGCAUCACCGGUGCUGGUCCCACUGCACCAACUGGAACAUAUACACAGAGUAAUCUGGCCGCUGGAAACUAUGCAUUCCAAUUGAGAGCUCUAGUCAACAUCACUCUCCCGGCAACUGGCGACUCGUUCACCGGCUACAGCAACACUAGCCUUCUCUUCACAGUUGACUCAAAUGAAUGUACAGCAAGAACACAUGGUUGUCAUGCCAACGCUAACUGUAGCAACAUCCUUGGUUCAUAUACAUGUGCAUGUUCAACUGGUUACCAAGGAAAUGGAACACAUUGUUCAGGUUAA